AGCUGGAAUGAUUCUACUCUUCAUCUGUUUCCAUUUGCCUCUGUCAGUUUCUGUGUUGCAAGGAGCAUCUUGUGAAAUGUCCUGGCAGAGAAAUGGUGAAAAUUCCCCCAUCUGCAUGUGCUGUGGGGAACACCCAGGGUAUCGCUUUUUCUGCACACCAGAUUAGAGAUUAUAGAGGCUCCUCACCAGUGUGGGAGCUGUCCUAGUGCAGUCUUCUGUGCAGGAGGAAAGCUGUAUUUGUGGUUAUAUUGGUAAUGUGGACUCUUGGUGGAGAAGAGUGAUACUGCGGUAGAGAUAAUGAAUCGCCGAGGGAGAGUCAGUCCUGGAACUGCAGCCCCAGUAGAAGAGAGAAGCUGCUCCUGGCUGAAACCCUGGGUCUUCCUUGUUUCUGUCCUUGUCAUCAAAACUGCUUUUGUAACCAUCUGCCUUGUUGUUUUCCUUCAUGGAACCUACGGCCAGUACAAGACCCUGCUCCAGAAUGCCACAGAGUGGUGCUGCGUCCCCAACAUAUUUGCAGGGAAAAAGGAGAGCUGGAUGUGCUGCCCAAAGGGCUGGAAACGCUUUCAAGAAAGCUGCUAUUACCUGUCAGAUGAUAAGAUGCGCUGGGCUGAAAGUGUGCAGAACUGCACUGGGAUGGGCUCCCACCUGGUGGUGAUUAACAGCGAAGCAGAGCAGCACCGGCUCCCCUCUGCCACCAGCCCCAGCCCGCAGGGACUCCUGCUGCCUCCCUCUGCUCAGUCCUGCACCUCAUGGACAUUGUGCUUUUUCCAGGAGUUCCUCUUCAACUUGGCAAAAAGAGUAUUUACUAACGCAUAUGAAACAAAAUACUACAUAGGCUUAACUGCUUACGAAAAUGGGCAAUGGCAGUGGGUGGAUCAGACUCCAUAUAAGAAGGCAGCCACGUUCUGGAAACCCGGGGAACCCAAUUUACUCUUUGCAGAAAAAUGUGCUGCAAUUCAUGUCAAGGGAAACACAGAUUCCAGCACUUACAGUAACUGGAAUAACAUUCUUUGCUUCACAAGUUGCUAUCGAAUUUGUGAACUCGCAGUCAAAUUUGUCUGAGGAAGGAAACUCCACUUUGGAUAUAGGACCUGAAGGAGUAUCCUUGAAGAAAGGGCAGCUUGUGAAAGAGCUGAACCCACACAAAUCCUUUAUCUUGCAAUGUAGGAUGAGCAAGCCUGCCACAGAAUCCCAGCUCUGAAGGACCUCAGUUCCCAGCCUGUGCCCCUGCAUCUCUUUCCAAGCUGAAGAUCAGUCCUGGAUGAAAUUGCUCAGGCUGAUCUCAAGGACCUACUGUGCCCCUUUUCACUCUCCUUCUUCAUAGAUGGGUGCCCUGAUCCUCCAGUACUUUCCUUGACUCCUUGUCCAGAUAAUGAUGCGGAAAAGGCCCUCUCUCUGUUUCACGAAAGGACACUGGUCCCACAAAUCACUGGAGCAGAAUUUGAAAGAGCAUUCAGUGGAGUGUGCUUGGCCCACCCCUGAAGGGAACAAUUAUACGUGGUUUAUCUUUAAUGUUUCCUUCUUCCUUCAGUAUAUCCUGUGCUGAUAAGUUAAAAAACCAUAUCAAUAAAUGUUAAUUCUGCUCUUUGCAUGAGACUCUCUUCUGAGUGACAAGUCCCAGCCCCUCUGCAUGGCGGAUUUAACUUUUCAGUGUGUUUGGCACCUGCAGGUGAGAAUAUUACUGUGAUGGUUUAUAUAUACAUAUAAAAAAAUAUAUAUACACAAAUGUAUGUGUGUAUAUAUAUGUUUAUAUAUAUGUAUAAAUAAGUGAUGCACAAAUGCAAUUGCUCACCGUAUGUGGAAG